UGAUACUGGGAGGCUCUGAGUUACAUAGACCCAAAGACACGAAAAAUAUCUGACUCGGUGCGAAAGUGAUGAACUGGCCCUCCAUCAGAUUGUCGAGCAUAGACGCGGCCACGCCUGGUCCACGAGUGACGCCAUUUCUUUGCAUUACAUGCCUCGCGCACCCGGCGGUACAACAAUCGAUUGUGACGUGUGAGCCUCUCGUUGACAAAGACACGCGCCCCACCGUCCGAAGCGAGGCCACGACGAACACGGGCCGCCUUGAGCAGUUCGUCCCGGAGAUCACGGCGUGCAAGGCGCACCACCACACGGCGAGGGCGACCGCCCUCUGCAGGGGGCACUCCUACGCGCUCAGCGAACACCACGUCCCGACCUUCCAGCAUCACACCCAGCCGAGACGCAAGCACCGUGACCGUGUGUGUCACGUUUUCGCCUUUCUCCUCUAGCAAGUGUCCGAUGUCCAGAUCCGCAAGAAGCGCGUCUUGAUCCCGGUCGUUAAGGUCGAGUUUCAGCUCGGCCACGCUGCUCUCAAGUUCAAUUAUUUUAUCAGCGCCCGUACCGCCGACGCUGCCCUGCUCCAUCGCAUCCAGUCUCUUUUCGGCGCUGUUCAGCCGCGAGGACAAGUCCGUAAUGGUCUCUCUCAGCAGCGCCAUCUCUUGGCGACAGCCGCGAAGCUCAGUGACGAGAUUGGCAAACUCGCGCCGAAAUAUCGCCAGGUUAUCAAGACUGCUGUC